GCUAGGCUGGGGGGGCCGCUCACACACGGCAGGUCUGCGAACCCACUACAGACAUGCCCCGGCCGACGCUGCUGGCGCUGGCUGCGCUUCUCUGCGCUUCCCACUGUGUGACGGGGGGGAGGAUCCUGGUGUUCCCCAUAGACGGAAGCCACUGGAUCAACAUGAAAGUGCUCAUUGAGGAGCUCCACACCCGUGGCCAUGACAUCACAGUGAUCCGACACAGAGACAACUGGUACAUCAAACCGGAGUCCGACCUCUACAAGGCCAUCAACUUGAACUUCUCCAGCGGUUUUGAUAAGGACAACUUUGGCUCCUUUGUCACCAGACUUCUAGACAUGCAGAAGAAAGGCGCCUCGUUCUGGGCUUUCCUAGCGCUACAAUUCCAAGUGGUGGACCAGUUUUAUUGGUGCAACAAGAGGGUGGUCCAGAUGUUGGGGGACAUCUUUGAGGACAAGGAAAUGAUGAAGAGCUUCCAUGAUGCCAAAUACGACAUGGUUCUGACGGACCCUGCCUUUGGCGGAGGGGUUCUCCUGGCUCACCGUUUAGGUCUUCCACUGGUUCUAAACGUCAGGUGGACUGUCCAGGGUGACGGAAAUCUUGCCAUCGCUCCCUCCCCUUUGUCUUAUGUCCCCAUUCCGGGAGUGGAACUGACAGACAAGAUGACCUUCUCUGAGCGGAUCAAGAACAUGAUGUAUUACUUCUUCACCUGCUGGCAAGUUUGGUACGUAGCAGACUCCACCUACAAACCAUUUGUCCAUCACUACUUUGGUCCAGACGUACACUACAUGGAGCUCUUCCAAGCAGCAGACAUCUGGUUGAUGAGGAACGAUUUCACGUUGGAAUUCCCGCGCCCCACCAUGCCCAAUGUGGUCUACAUGGCAGGAUUUCAAUGCAAGGCGUCCAAGCCCCUCCCUCAAGAGCUGGAGGACUUUGUCCAAAGUUCUGGUGAACACGGCGUCAUCGUGAUGACCCUCGGUACUUUGGUCGCCUACCUUCCCGAGGACAUCACAGACGGCAUCGCCGCCGCUUUCGCCCGACUCCCUCAGAAGGUCAUCUGGAGGCACCAGGGCAAACGUCCGUCCACGCUCGGCAACAACACGCUGCUUUUGGAUUGGCUGCCUCAAAACGACCUCCUGGGUCACCCCAAGACCAAAGUGUUUGUGGCGCACGGCGGCACCAACGGAGUCCAGGAGGCCAUUUACCACGGCAUCCCCCUGGUGGGCCUGCCCCUCAUGUUCGACCAGCACGACAACCUCUUCAGGAUGAAGGUGAGGGGCGUGGCCGAGGUGCUGGACAUCGCCACGGUGAACGAGGACAACUUCCUGGCGGCUCUGAAGGCGGUGCUGUACGAACCGUCGUACCGUCAGAACAUGAAGAGGCUGUCGGAGCUGCACAGGGACCAGCCCAUCAAGCCUCUGGACCGCGCCAUGUUCUGGAUCGAGUUUGUCAUGAGGCACAAGGGAGCCAAACACCUACGGACUGAAUGGUACAAGAUGUCCAAGAUCCAGUACUACUCCAUCGAUGUGCUGGCCUUCUUGCUGGCGCUCGUGCUAGCUGGCGCCGCUCUUUGCAUUUCACUGCUAAAGUUCCUGUGGCCAAGGUCGCUUUCCAGAAGCAAAGUGAAAAAACAAUAAUACACCAUGUGUCCUUUUGAUAAAAAAGUUCAACUUCCUGUAUGGAAGGUUGGAAAAAGUGCAUUAUCGUGUACAAAUGUCACUGAGUAACAACAUGUCUGUAAUAAAAUCAUG